AUGAAACUUUUUGAGUCAUCUAAUCGAAUUGGAUUCAUUGGUAGCGUUUCAAUAUUGGUAUCUUCAAUGAUAGGACCAGGACUGAUGACAAUACCUUUAUUAUUUCGUAGUGCAGGAUGGAUAACGCCGCUGGUGAUGUUUCUGAUAUCAAUAUCAGUAGCACCAACUGGUGCUUUACUAUUAUGUGAGGCCAUUGGUUCUAUACCUGGUAACGAAAGAUUCACAAAAAGAAUAGAGUAUUCUAAGCUUUGUUCAUUAUUGAUUACAAACCGACUUGGACGAGUGUUAGCACAAAUAAUAAUAUAUGCAGCGAUUGAAACAUUUAUUAUAACAUCAAUUACUCUUUCAGCACAAUUAUUGGACAAUUUAUUGAUCGACUUUUUAAAAAUUUCUUGUGGAAUUGGCAUAUAUCCUGAAUUCGGAUGGAUUUGUAUUAGAAACCUUGGAAAUGAAAAUGGACCGUUUGAAAGUCGGUUGAUGUUGUUUACUAUCGGUUUUAUGAUAACAAUAUUCAUCGCUGCGCCAAUGACAUUGAUGGAAUUAUCAAAUAAUGCUAAAAUUCAGAUCGCGCGAAUUCCCAUCUUAGGUCAAGAACAGGACCUGGUUAUAAAGACCGUUAUGUUUAAUUACGCAUUUAUUACUACUGUGCCAAGCUUGGUUAAUGAAAUGAAAAGGGAUAUUUCGAUUCGAAAAGUUGUAUGGACUUCAAUCUUUAUUACAACACUUUGCUAUGUUUCUUUAGGGAUUAUUGGGGCCAUGUCUAUUAAAAUGGAAUUAACGGCAAAUCUAAUAAUGUCAAUCCAAAAAUCGGAAUUGUAUAACACCUUUAUCGGGAUCAUUAAUUAUUUAUUUCCACUUAUAUUACUUGCCGGCGUACCAGUAUAUGCUAUAGUUAUACGUUAUAAUUUCCUUCGAUCUGGAACUUGUAAAGAUAAGAAUGUUGCAGUUUUUUUUACAAUAUUACCAUGGACCUUAGCUAUACCUUUUCAAACCGGUUAUUUGUUAGAUUUAUUUACUAAUUGGACAGUAUUAGUUUUUAUUUGUUCCGCAAAUUUUAUAAUUCCAUUUUGGUUAUACUUCUUAAGUAGAAAGAAAUCAAAAAUGAUACCGUUGUUGACAAUCACUCAACCAAAAGAAGAUAGUACAAAAGUUGAAGAAAAAGAACUAAAAGCACAGAUUGCAAAGCACUUAGAAACACACGUCAAUGUACCUCCAACUCUCGAGAAAACUCAAGAUAAAAAUAUUUCAGAAAAAUUACAUAAUGCAGCAGCAUUGUACCGAAACAUGUCACCAGAUGCAGUACCAAUAAGCGAUAUUCCAGAAGAUUUUAUGAUUGAUUCAGAAUUUAUAAAUAAUGCCAGUUUAACGAUACCUCCUCUUACAACAAUGGAUCCUGAUUUAUUUUCUAUAUUAUUACCUUCACAGCCGUCAACACCACAACAUCCUUCAACUCCAAGAUCAAUUAGUACUGAUGAUGAUGAAUUUUAUGGUCUAUUUCCUGCUCCUAAACCUUUCAAAGCAUUUUUUCCCAAUCAUGAAGUAGUUAAAAACGUAAAUGAAGAAGGUGGUAUGGUUGAAAAAGAUGAAUUGUUUAGCAUUUGUAUUGCCUGGACUGCUGGGAUCCUGAACUUUAUGCGUCACAGUUGA